AUGCUGACGAGCACGAGCAUGAGCACGUCGCCCGCCAGCUCCAUCCGCGCGCCCGCCGAGCCGAGCGGCGACGUGCCGCUCGCCUCCAUCUUCCUCAUCGUGCUGGCCGUGCGCGUGCUCAACGCCCUCGCCACGCGCACCUUCUUCCAGCCCGACGAGUUCUGGCAGAGCCUCGAGGUGGCGCACCGCAGCGUCUUUGGCUACGGCUACCUCACGUGGGAGUGGCGCACGGCCAGCGACGGCUCGUCGCCGCUCCGCUCCUUUGCCCAUCCGCUCGUCUUUGUGCCGGGCUACUGGCUUCUCCGCGUGCUGCGGCUGGACGACACCUUCCUGCUCCGCCUCGUGCCUCGACUUCUGCAAGCAGUGUUUGCCGCUCUGACGGACCUCGAGACGUUCCGGCUCGCGGACGCGCUGCUCGGCACACGAGGCGCAUGGGCUGCACUGCUCUCAUCACUCUUUAACGUGUAUGGCCUGCACACCGGCGCUCGCACCUUCUCCAACGCGCUCGAGACUCUGCUGUGCCUGGCCGCGCUGCGCCUCUGGCCGUUGUCUCUGCCGGCCGACGAGGAGUACCACGCAGUGCCUGACGGACCGCUCAAAUGGUCGCAUCUGCGCAAGAGCCUGGCGCUGGCUGCUCUGGCAAUCAUCAUCCGCCCGACCGCGGCAAUCAUCUGGCUCUUCCUCGGCGUCAGGCUGUUCCACAGUCUCUCGCAGAACAUCUGCAAUGCCGGCAUUGCUCUCGAGCGUGCGUUCACUGUGGUGCUUCUCGUGCCCGAUGUCCUGGUAAUCGGCGUGGCAGCACUGCUCUUCACCGUGAUGCUCGACUCGUGGCACUACGGCACGCUGGCCGUCACGCCGAUAGCAUUCCUGCGCCGCAACGUGCUCGACUCGCUCUCGCUCUUCUACGGCGUGUCGCCGCUGCACUUCUACUUCUCCUCGGCGCUGCCGGUGCUCGGCUUCACGACGCUGCCCUUCAUGCUGCAAGGCUUCUGGGCAGCGCUGCGCCCCGAUCUGCUCGGCGUGGACGAGAGCACUCGUCGCCGAUAUGGCGUCCGCGGCGAGCGCGAUCCUGUCGGCCUGCAGUCGCUGGCAUACCUCACGAUCUGGACCGUGCUCGCGUACUCGGCGCUCGGACACAAGGAGUUCCGCUUCAUUCAGCCGCUGCUACCGGUCCUGCACAUCUUCGCAGGGUACGCCUUUGCGUUGCUGACCGGCCGCAUCGCCGAGCUGCUGUCUCUUGCCGCCGGAGAGCGCCAGAUCCGCCAGCAGCGACGCUUGCAGCAGAAUGCAGGUGCCACUGCUCUGUGGCACCUAGGCAACACGGUCCGAGGCGUUCCUCGAGCCCUACGGCGCUUCAAGACAGCCUGGCAGAUCCUCGCGCGGCGUCGCUACGCCCAGAUCGCCCUCAUGGCGCAUCUACCGUUCGCUGCGUAUCUGCUGCUCUUCCACUGUCGCGGCCAGGUCGAGGUGAUGGACCGCAUCCGCCAGCUUCAUCGCGCAGGCAGCAUACACAGCGCCGCCUUUCUGAUGCCGUGCCACAGCACGCCGUGGCAGAGUCAUUUGCACACCGCCGGCCUCGAAAUUGGCGGCCUUUCGGGCGAGGGUGGCUUGCUAUGGUUCAUCACGUGCGAGCCGCCGGACAGAGGCACACAACUGGCGACGUACAGAGAUCAGUCAGAUGUCUUCUACGACGACGUGCACAGCUAUCUCGCCCAGCGCUUCCCGCCGACGGUCGAUCCCGUGUUCCCGCCUUCGCCCGCCGCUGCCGCGCUGCCCUCGGCUUACUUGACCGGCAGCGGACCUAAGCAUACCUGGCCGUCGCAUCUCGUUGUCUUCGAAGAGCUGCUGGGCCGCAGCGGCCAGAGCGGCCAGUCCGUCGCCGGGCUGCUCGCGGAGCGCGGCUACGCCGAGCAGGAGCGCCUCUGGAACUCGCACUUCCACGACGACUCGCGUCGGCUCGGCGACAUUCUCAUCCUCGGCUGGACAGGUCAGACGGAGGCGGAGCCAGCCGUGGCUCUGGGGUCAUAA